AUGACGCUAACUAUACACUCAUCGCUCCUUCUAAUAUUAUUUAUUUUAGUAUAUCCACUAUCUACCACACUAAGCCCCAGCCAACAGAACUCCAACAUGGCAAAAAUAACUAAAGUUGCCGUUAGCUCUGCAUUCUUCGUCAGCCUACUACCCCUUAUAGUUUUCCUAAAUAUGAAAACAGAGGGCAUUAUUACAAAUUGACAAUGAAUAAAUACUCAAACAUUUGACAUCAACGUUAGCUUUAAAUUUGACCACUACUCCCUAAUCUUUGUUCCAAUCGCUCUAUAUGUCACCUGAUCAAUUCUAGAGUUUGCACUAUGAUACAUGCACUCCGACCCCAAUAUUGACCGAUUCUUUAAAUAUUUACUCACAUUCCUGGUAGCCAUAAUUAUCUUAGUAACAGCUAACAACAUAUUCCAAUUAUUUAUCGGCUGAGAAGGGGUAGGUAUUAUAUCAUUCAUGCUAAUUGGGUGGUGAUAUGGCCGAACAGAUGCCAACACAGCGGCCCUCCAGGCCGUUAUUUAUAACCGAGUGGGAGACAUCGGACUGAUUAUAACUAUAGCCUGACUAGCAACAAACCUCAACUCCUGAGAAAUUCAACAAAUCUUUGCCUUAUCAAAAAACUUCAACAUAACAGUCCCCCUAAUAGGGCUUACCUUGGCGGCAACAGGAAAAUCAGCCCAAUUUGGCCUUCACCCAUGGUUACCAUCCGCCAUGGAGGGCCCCACACCAGUGUCUGCCCUACUCCACUCAAGCACUAUGGUCGUUGCAGGAAUCUUCCUAUUAAUCCGCCUUCACCCACUUAUAGAAAAUAAUAAGCUGGCCCUCACAGCCUGCCUCUGCCUAGGAGCACUAACCUCAUUAUUUACAGCCGCCUGUGCUUUAACCCAAAAUGACAUCAAAAAAAUUGUAGCUUUCUCAACAUCAAGCCAGCUUGGGCUAAUAAUAGUUACAAUUGGGCUAAACCAGCCACAACUAGCAUUCCUCCACAUUUGCACCCACGCCUUCUUUAAAGCCAUACUAUUCCUGUGCUCCGGAUCGAUUAUUCACAGCCUAAACAAUGAACAAGACAUCCGAAAAAUAGGGGGCCUAUUUAAUAUAAUGCCCACUACCUCAACUUGCUUUACAAUUGGAAGCCUUGCCCUCACAGGAACCCCCUUCCUAGCAGGAUUCUUCUCAAAAGAUGCAAUUAUUGAAGCCCUAAACACCUCUUAUCUAAACGCCUGAGCCCUAACCCUAACACUAAUUGCCACAUCAUUUACCGCUGUGUACAGCUUUCGGCUGGUAUACUUUGUACUAAUGGGAGCCCCACGGUUCCCGCCACUGACCCCAAUUAACGAAAACAACCCACUAGUGAUUAACUCUAUUAAACGACUUGCCUGAGGAAGCAUUAUUGCAGGACUAAUUAUCACACAAAACUUCCUAACGACAAAAACACCCGUCAUAACAAUGCCAACCACCCUAAAAAUAGCAGCUCUUGCAGUAACAAUUACAGGCCUACUUGUGGCCACUGAGAUGGCUAACGUAGCAAGUAAACAAGUAAAAAUCACCCCAAUAACCUCCACGCACCACUUCUCAAAUAUGCUGGGAUUUUUCCCAACAACUACCCACCGACUCCUCCCAAAACUCAACCUCACCCUAGGACAGUCCGCCGCCACCCAGCUCGACAAAACAUGACUCGAAACCAUCGGGCCAAAAGGUCUAGCAUUAACACAAACAACCAUAUCAAAGACUACAAAUGACAUCACACGGGGAAUAAUCAAAACAUACCUAACCAUUUUCAUCUUAACCCUAAUCUUAGCCACCGCCCCGGCCCUUCUUUAA